GCGGGAGCGGCGGCGGGAGGAGCGGAGGGGCCGUGCGCCCGGCUGGGCCUGCAGGGUUACUCCUGUAGCACGUGGAUCCAGAAGGUGACAAGUCUACAGAGGGUUGGCAGUCUUUUCUGGCUUGGGGAAAAUUUGAAAUUGGCUCAAAAUGAGUGCAAUAUUGGAAACCUCUGAGCUGCCAGCAGUGUUUGAUGGGGUGAAGCUGGCUGCAGUUGCUGCUGUGCUGUAUGUUAUUGUUCGCUGCUUGAAUUUAAAAAGCCCAACUGCCCCUCCUGAACUCAUUUACCAGGACUCUGCUUUGGCCCGCUUUCUACUCAAAUCCUGCCCACUUCUGACCAAAGAGUACAUUCCACCCCUGAUCUGGGGAAAGAGUGGGCAUAUCCAGACUGCCCUUUAUGGAAAAAUGGGGAGAGUGAGAUCACCACAUCCGUAUGGACUUCGCAAGUACCUCACGAUGCCAGAUGGAGCGACAGCCACGUUUGAUCUCUUCGAGCCACGGUCUGAGCACUGCAUUGGAGAGGAUGUCACGAUGGUGAUCUGCCCAGGGAUCGCCAACCACAGUGAGAAGCAGUACAUCCGCACCUUUGUCGACUAUGCCCAAAAAAAUGGGUACAGGUGUGCUGUCCUGAACCACUUGGGAGCCUUACCAAACAUCGAGCUCACUUCUCCACGAAUGUUCACGUACGGUUGCACCUGGGAAUUUGGUGCCAUGGUGAAUUACAUCAAGAAGACCUACCCUCAGACCCAGCUGGUGGUUGUGGGCUUCAGCCUGGGUGGAAACAUAGUGUGCAAAUACCUGGGAGAGAGCCAGGCCAACCAGGAGCGAGUCCUGUGCUGUGUCAGCGUGUGCCAGGGGUACAGUGCACUGAGGGCACAGGAAACCUUCAUGCAGUGGGAUCACUGUAGAAGAUUUUAUAACUUCCUCAUGGCAGACAACAUGAAAAAGAUCAUCCUUUCUCACAGGCAAGUUCUUUUUGGAGAUAACAUGAAGAAGCUACAUAGCCUGUCAGAUGCUGAUCUGAGCAAGCUCUAUACAGCAACAUCCCUUAUGCAGAUUGAUGACAACGUGAUGAGGAAGUUCCAUGGCUACAGCUCACUGAAGGAAUACUAUGAAAAGGAAAGUUGCCUGCAGUACUUACACGCGAUCUAUGUUCCUCUUCUGCUGGUUAAUGCUGCUGAUGACCCUCUUGUCCAUGAGAGCCUCCUAUCAAUUCCAAGAGCUCUUUCAGAGAAAAAAGAAAAUGUCAUGCAUGUGCUGCCCCUUCAUGGAGGCCACCUGGGAUUCUUUGAGGGGUCUGUACUGUUCCCAGAACCUCUUACCUGGAUGGAUAAGCUCGUGGUACAGUAUGCCAAUGCCAUCUGCCAGUGGGAGAAGACAAAGCCUCACUGCUCGGAUGCAGAGCAGGCCAUGUCUUCCCAGGAGUAAUUGACCCAAAGACUCUGGAUCACUUCAAUAUAUAUCUCCCCCUAUGGGAACAUCUUGUUCCCUCACCUGCUGCUUCAGGUUUCCAUUCUCCUUGAUAUCCUGUGGCUGGGGUUUGAUCACAAUGUUUUCUUCCAAAGUGGAGUUAAAGCAGAGGUUAACAUCUGGUCUGGGCAUUUUGGGGUGUAUAGUCACUUGGGUUUAUAACUUACUCCUCUGCUUGAGGAAUUAGGUUGCUGACUGUGGCUUGUUACAGGGCAACUGAGCUAAAGAUUGCUUGCUUUAAUAUAACAGAAGUUUCAAAUAUCAAAAUCUCUUUACCUGAUGGUCAGAAACUUGAUCUGCAGCAUUUGUUUAAGUGUAAAUGACCAGGUAAUGAUCACUCUGCCCCCUGUUCUGGUGCUGGAAAAUACCUGUACCAAGCCACAAGCCAGUAAAUGUUCAGUCUGUAAGCCACUACACUGUGGCUUGGAAAAACAGAUGCUUGACUGCAAGUGGAGUUUCAGCUUUGCACCAUCUCAAGGGAAACCUUGUAGUUCCUAGGAAUGCACUUGCACAAGUGAAUCACUUUAAAAAAUAUUCAAUUUUCUAUGCUUCAGCUGUCUGUGGUUUGGGGUGGCUUUAUACUGGGACUCCAAGUAGGGAAGAGCUGCAGCCUGGUAAUGCCAGUUAAUGUUUCUAUGUGUAAACAUUUUCUCACUUCAGUUACCUUGUCAUUUUUUGCCUCUCUUUAAAUGCAGUCAUCUUUUCAGUACUGGAUUCUUUGUUUGACCCAGGGCUGGCUCUGGCUUCCAAAUGGAAACCCAUGAUCAAGAAUCUGCAGGAUUUUUCCAUGAGAUUGAUCUGUUUGAAAGAACAUUUCAUGGAGAGCUAUGUACUCUUAUGGAUUAAUUGCUGGGGGGGGGGGGAUGUAUCUCUUUAGAUUUAUUCACCUUAUGUCAUGGCAAAUAAUAUCAAAAUUCUUCCCCUUAACUUUCAGAGCAUCAAGUGGUUUUCAGACAUGACUUGCCUUACAGUUGAUGGGGAGCAGGAUGUGUCUAGCUCUGUGCAACUGAAAUGACAUCUUUGCAUUAGUGGCUCCCGUAAGACACUGGGCUCUGUCUUACUUGAAUUUCUUUUCCACACUGAGACAUCCCCUUCUAGUUUUAAUGUCCAAAGUGAGGUGUGAAAGUUGGUUGCAGGAAAGAUGCCUACUCACUUGUGCUUUUCCUUCAAGUGGCUGUUGUGGCCUGUGCCAAGAUGGUUAUUAAAGAGUCUAGUCUAUCUCCUGGAGGGAAAGUUGUCCCAAGACAAUCUGGAGACUGAAACUUUGUGGUAAAAGAAUCUUUUUUACUGUUUGCUCUGUCAAUAUUGUAGUUUCAUUAAUCCAUCUUUAGGACUUCUUUAUCAUGGUGUCAGUGAAAUUCUUUUCCUUUCACACUUCCCACAUCAGCACUUUAUUGCUUCAGCCUUGGUCUGUGUUCCAGGCACUUUAAUUUAUAGCUUAAGGGUGAAACAAGCAGCAAGACUUCAGACUGGUAAUACAGGGGAACAAGCCUUCUGGACUGCCCUGUCCCUGAACUUCAGGAGAGCAGAGAGAGGUGGGGUUUUGGUUUAAUAAAGCAAUAAUUAACUAUUGUAGCAAAGGUGCAUCGUCCUAUCAGGAAAUUUUUCAUUUGCCUUAGGCCAGACACCUUGGCCUGUUACAAUGAACUGUGGAUAUCUGCACAUUCUCCUUGUUAGUAAAUCCAGGUUUUCUUUUUUUUCUUCAAAGAAAAAUGAAACCAAGUAAAGCUAUAGCAAGACUUGGCUGUGCUUGUGGCUGUUCCUUAAGAACUAUUUUAGGGCAUCAGUUAGCAAGGAUAUUCUUAGCUGAUGGAUAUCUUGUCUCUGUGUUAUCCUCUUAUUCAUACUGCAUCACUAAAAUAUGUCAUAAAAGACAUUUCAGUUUUUUGCUUAAGUAGUGUUCAUGCAAUAUUCAUUGGUUGUGACUUAAAUAUCUUCUCGCUUCAGCAAAAUGGAGUGUAAACAACACUUGUACACAUCAAAUAGAUACAGUAUAAAUUUAGGUGUCUCAGUCUCCUAAAAUGAGGUGAGCAACCAGGAAAUUCUCAAAGCAGCAGGAGCUGACUUUGUAUAAUCACACAGAUUUUACUUUCAAGUUAGAAGGUCUUCCUGAUGAAUACUCCUUCCUGCCCCACAAUCCAAGCCUUCAUACUUCAGAAGUGCCAGUGCUGUGGAUUCCCUGAAGCUCUCAAGAAGUAAUAUGGGUCUCUGUCUUGCUCCUUUGCCCUGUUUUUGCACUUGCAUCUAAAAGUGUUCAAAUUGCUUGUGACUUGACUGAUUCUGGCCUCUUUGGGGAAGAAGAGCUUUUGUCACGACUUGUUCAUGCAAUGGUUUCUGGAGCCUGAAUGGUGGUCUUUACUUGCCCAGUGAACCCAAACUUAAAUGCAAUCUGAAUUUUUCAGUCUUAAAGGUGAGGUCUUUCAUCUCUCUUCAAGACACAUGAAGCUGCUGUCGUGUGUACCUGUAGGUCACUGCAGUAUGGUCUGAUAGAGCAGUUCAAGAUCACAGCAUGACAAAUUUGAUAUCUGCUCUGCUUAGUUUCAAACUGGGAUUAGAAAAAGCAGUAGGAGAGUUUUCCCACAGGUAGUCUCAUGGUAUGCACACCUUUCCCAUCACUGGACGUAAGUAGCACUUGAACAUAAACCCCAAGGACCUUCUUCAUCAGUCAGCAGGUUGCAGAAUUACUACUCUUUGAUGGUUAGGCUGGUCCAACCAUCACCUUUGCCAUUUUUCUGGAGAGAUCUGAAGAUGGUGGGUAAGAAGCUCAAGCUUGCUCUUACUGAAACACCUUUUUUGGUGGUACCUUUGUUAGCUUCUAAAUGGGCGUGUUUUCAGAUGGGACUGGUAUUGUUGUAGUUGCACUGUAAAGGAAAACACUUAAACUUCCCUAUGAUCUUCUUCCUGAGUGUUUUUCUGCAGUUCCUGCUUGUGAAGAUACAGAUUACAAAGAGAGGGCAUUUAGUAAAAAUAUUGGGAACUAUUAACUCCAGUACUGAACUUAGCCAAGCUACCUGUGUGUCAUCUGUCCUGGGUCUGCCGCAAGUUCCUGGACCACAGCCCUUUGACAUGUGGUGCCUUGCCCUUUUUCUCCUCCUCCCUUCACAUCAGCUUAUCUAGAGACUUCAGUAACAGCUCUGUCAGAGCUUUUAGGGCUUUGCUUUUUGGUAAGUGAAUUUUUAGAUACCAGGUAUCAAGGCACAUCCUUGAUGUACACUGUACAAGUGUGUGCUGACUUAAAGGACCUUUGUGGCCAGCCUACAACAGUCUAUUUCAAGGCAUAAAAUAACAAUGUAUAUAAGCAGUGGAUCAUUUGUAGCUCCCUGCUCCUCCAGCAGUUGGAACUGAGUCACAGAAGCAAGGUUUGCUUUGCUUAGUGUGUGAUUUGUUGUCUUACAGUCCCAAAGCUCCUGUGUCUAUUAACACUCCAGCAGCAUAGCUGGAGGUAGAUUAAGUGACUACAUCUGAAAAGAAAGAGCAGAGAAGAGUAACAUCUUCAGGAUUUAAUUACCAAACAGUUUAGUCACUUGGAUUGCUUCCAAUUUUUUCUGGAAAUACUAUGCCUGUCUGGAGCUUAUUGAAAUUCUUUUUUUUUUGAGACCACAGAAGGCCUGAGCCUUCUGCUGCACAUAGAAGUCAUUUGUUGUAAAGAGCAUCUUGUUUCUGGCUUUAGCCAUACUCCUUGUGUCCUUACUCCUUAGGUGGGUCUGUUCAUUGGGAAGGUUCUGGAGUCACAGUGACUCAAAGCAGUGUCUCCUUCGUGGCUUCUAGGUGAAAAGCAAAAGCAGCCCUUCUUGUUGUGAGGACUUUGAGUUUUCUCCAAGCUUAGAAUGCCUCAGAGCAGAACCAGCCCAAGGUGGGGGAGCCCUGUAAAUGUAUCCUCUUCUCACUGGGAGUGGGCUUGACACAGGCCUGGACUUGGUCAGCUUUCUAUGCUGUGGUGUGGAGGGGUUUUUAGAGUUCUCCUGAACAUCUGUACAAGGUGGCACAAAGCCUUUUUGUGCCUUGUCUGAAUGACAAGGUUGCAUUGUAGUCAAAGCUCUUUUGUGACUAGAGAUGAGAUACAGAACUUUCUUCUAGGAUCUCCACUAUAGUUCUACUGGGAUGUUGACCUUUCUUCUGCCAACUCAGAAGUCUUUAAAAGAAACAAAAAGCCAAACAAAACCCAUGCAUAUUUAAAACAACCAAACCCUACUGCUUAGCCCAAGUCAACAGCUUUCCAAAGGAGCAUAUUUUCUCAUUGUGUUACAUGGCAGCUUGACCAUAAUUCCUAGUGACAGAUCACUAGAUGUUCUUCUUGAGAAAGAAUAACCUCUUUUCCCUGAAAUUUCCAAGCCAAAGAGGUGUGUGACGAGCUUGGGAAGAGGAGACCUGUGCUCUUGUUUAGCUUGUGCAGCUGUGUUAGAACAGGCAAAAUGACUUCUAAUGUUCUUGGUGAGCAGUUGACUACGAAAACAUUUUCAAUUUGGCAAAAUUAUAUUCUGCAACCAUCUUUAAAUGCUGCCGUGAAGAAACUUGUAUAUUGAGACACCCUCCCUGCUACCAUGUUCUGAGUCAGAUUCUCUGGAGCUGAGAGCUGCAGGGGAGAUGAUUUGCAACUAGCAAUGCAAUUUUUCUAUAUCUGCUGAUGUUUACCUUUAAAAUUAUAUAUAAAUAUAUAUAAAACAAUGUCUUUGAUUUUUUUCAUUAAUUUUUGUUCUUGUGUGGUGUGAAAUGGAAGUCACUGCAAAACAAAAUGUAAUUUUGUUAUCUUUGAUUUGGUGGGAUUUCUUUAUUUAAAAAUAAAGGACUUACUGAAGUCAGUGGUACAUCUAG